UAGGCCAAUACCCUCUCUUUGUUACCAACACAUUCCAUGUUACCAAGCUCCUUAUCAAUGCAGAUUUGCCGAGUGUCAAGGACUUCCUUAACAGUUUCCCAAAGGAAUCGUUGCGUGCUGUUUCCACGCAACUAACCUCUCAGUCUCAACAAUACUCCCGCACAUCGACAAAUGAUAAUGUUGGACAAAGUCAUCUGCAGAAGUUGCUGAAAGGGGCUAUUGCUGUACCACUCAGUGAGAUGAAGAAAAUCCGCGAGAUUACUUUCUGUGCUACUGUUGCAAAAACCAGAAAACUCAUUGCGUCUUCCCACGGAUGGCUGGUAUCACAGAUCCAUUAGAAUUCCCAUUAGAUCUUGAUGCUAUGUUGGACUUGGAUCUUGCUUUGAGGGUUAAAUGGCAGCCCAGUUGGGACAGCGCCUCAGUUAUAAUGUUCAUUAAAGAUGAUGAGUUUGUAAAACAAUUGAAGGCUCCUUGGGCGGAUAUUCAGGUCGUGAAUUCUGAACCAUCUGUAACACCACUCCCACUGCAGAUUAAAGAGAGCGUCGAUAAAGCCAAAACUGAUGCUGCAGAUGAUUGUGACGUUCCAACGGACUUAGAGAUAACAUCCAAACAUAAUCCGGAGCCUCUAACUCCCACUGCAAAAAGGAAGAAUCAUCAUGGUUCCAGCGAGUCGACAUCUGUAUGUGACGGUGAACUAUCUUCGACCAAAUUGAAGAAGAUCAUCAAGUUGGAGAACAACAAGUAGUCGUACUCCUACUAUUUUGAAACAAUCCAACCAUAACGUUUUUGUUUUCACUACUCAGUACUUUAUCAUAUUAGGAUGCUUUUGGAUAUUUCAUUUUGGUUCACUGAUGACUUUAU